CUUUUUUAAUUUUUUUAUUGCGAUAUUCGUACCUCUUUAAUAAAUACGAGACCACUCCUCUCCAACCUUGAUCGUUUUACAAAUCAUAUAAAUUGAUAUAUUCACCAUGAUCAUCUUUAAACCAGACUGGGUUUCCCAUGCAGACAAGACACAGGAAGCAAAAGGAAAGAAACCUUGUAUUUAUUCAAUUCACGUUCAUCCUGACGGUACACGAUUAGCAACAGGUGGUUUAGAUGGAAAAGUUAGAAUUUGGAAUACAGAACCCAUUUACGAUGAAGAGGCAGAAAAGAACCCUAAUUGUAAUAAAUUGCUUUGUACAAUGACAAUGCAUAAUGGUGCCGUCUUAUGCGUCCGCUGGUCCAACCAUGACGGUCAUUAUUUAGCUUCUGGUUCUGAUAAUGAUAAUGUCAUCAUUGUUUGGGAAAAAGACGUUAAUGCAAAAGUAUCAUCAAUAUUUGGUAGCACUGAGAUUAAUUAUGAGACAUGGAAACCUGUAAAGUAUUUAAGAGGACAUGAAUCUGAUGUACAGGAUUUGGCUUGGUCAAAAGAUAAUAAGUAUUUAGCGUCCUGUGGUGUAGAUGGACAUGUCAUUGUCUGGGACGGAAAAACAUUUGAACAAAUUAAGAAAAUCGAUAAACACGAAGGUUUCGUCAAAGGGAUCAGCUGGGAUCCUGCAGGAAAAUACCUCGCGUCUCAAUCUGACGAUAAAAUGGUAAAAAUAUGGAGAACAUACGAUUGGGGAUUAGAAACAAAUAUCAAAAAUCCAUUUGUGAAUGCCCCUGGAACUACACUGUUUAGAAGGUUAAGUUGGUCUCCAGAUGGGUGUCAUUUUGCUGCAGCAAAUGCCGUCAACAGUAUAAAAUGUGUUGCUGCGAUCGUAAGUCGAGAUGAUUGGAAUGCAGAUAUAUCGCUUGUGGGGCACAAACUUCCAGUCGAAGUGACCUGUUUCAAUCCGAAAAUGUUUUAUAUGAGUGAUGAUAAUGAAGCAAAUGGGCCUGGUGAAAAAUCAGUAUCGUCGAUUUGUGCGCUAGGAAGCCAGGACAGGAGUAUAUCUAUCUGGGUGACCAAGUUUAGCAAACCGAUUUGCGUCGCAGCAGAUAUUUUUGACAAUAACGUAUAUGAUCUUGCAUGGUCUCCCGAUGGCAAGUGUCUCUUUGCUUGCUCUCAAGAUGGUACUGUUGCCUGCCUUCAAUUUGAAGAGGAAUUGUCUGAUGUGGUACCAGAGAAUAUUGUUAGAGAAAGAUUGGAGAGAUAUGGCUAUGGAAAAGAUCAAACACAACUCUUGGAGACACCAAUACAACUGGAACUAGAACAAACUACAGAUACAGAGCCAGCACUGCCACCACGUGUUGCUGAUCUCAUGGACGGAAAUGCGAGUAUUGGAAAUCAAGAUACGCCCAUGAUAGAGGCACCACCUUUAACACCAGCUCCUCCCAAUAUAACCAACAUAUCAUCAUCAACUAGUCAACAGCCAACCAUCUUGGAGCAAAAAGUAUCUAUCACAAAGGAUGGUAAAAAGCGUAUUCAACCCAUCAGUCUGAACAUGCGUACCUCGACCAUGCAUUCGCCGUCUACUGUUCAAGCACCUUUAAUCCAGACACAGCCUAUGAAUCAUAUCUCUCAGGGCAGUUCCAAGAUAAACCAGGCUGAUUCAGCAGUGAACGUGGAUACAGUAGUGAUAGGAAACAAAAGACCAGCUUCAGAUGAGGAAGUGAACGAGGUGAUUGGAAGCAAACCGACGAGAGCACGACCCAAUUGGCUUGAUAGCGCAGUUGCUCCUCCUAUAGUGCAAAAGAGUCUGGUCAAGAUGGCACUGCCUAAAGUGAAAACGGUUCUCAGCACGGGCUUAAGGCCAGAGGAUCCGACAGUGGUGAUGGAAUGUCAUAACACAGAGGAUGCUCAAAGUUCAGUUCGUGCCAAAUUGGUCGUCACAAGGCAAGGAACACCGAUCUGGAUGGAUUAUCUGUCAAGUGCUAUUCUUGUCAUGACAAGCAACGCGGAGUUCUGUGCAGCUGGGUGUGAAGAUGGAUCCAUUCACGUUUACUCUCCAGCCGGUCGAAGGAUUUUACCGGCGAUUGUGUUGGAAAGCACGCCUGUAAUACUGCAAAGCCAUCAUCAGUGGCUCGUCUGUAUCACUGCGACAGGUCUGUUGUACUCGUGGGAUGUACUGAAUGUAAAAAGCCGUAUAGACGGCGUAUCUAUAGCGCCGGUGCUGCAGGUAGCACAGCUUGAAACAGACAAGACACAUAAGGCACCAAGCAUCAAGAAUAUUCGAAUCCAAAAGAGCGGAUUGCCUAUCCUACUGACAAGUUCUAAUCAAGCCUUUGUAUAUCAUACUGACAUGAGGGUUUGGCUUCGAAUAAGUGAUGCUUGGUACAUUAUCUCUGAAUUCUGGGGUUCGGCACGUCAAGCGGGUGAUCAUCCUCUAGCAUGGCUUUCGUCCCGUAUGUCGGCUUAUGGAGUAGAUCGAUCCAUGCAUAUGCUAUUAGAUGUAUCAGCCGCAACCAAGGUCGUUACACUCAGUCAUAUAGAAAUGCAGUUGGCGGUAGCCGCUCUGUUAGAUUCUCCUACAGAGUAUAAAGAUUGGAUGAUAUAUUAUGCAAGAAGACUAUCCGAAGAAAAUGCAAAGAAUAAAGUAGAAGAAUUAUGUAAAUGGCUAACAGGACCACCUUAUGCACCAUUUCCCGACAUUGUCAAGUGGGAGCCUACAAUUCUCGGUAAAAUAUCAAAAAAGGAACUAUUGGCAGAGAUAUUGCCCUUGUUGGCCAAAAAUCGUCAAUUACAAAGGACUGUUGCUGAAUUCACGUCGUGUCUUUAAUAAAAGCAACAGGAACCUCUUGCAGACUUUCAGUCUUUUUUCUGUGUUACCUCAGAUUGAUGUUGGCAGAGAAUAAGCUUUUCUUGAGAACAAUAAGAUUUUUCUUCUCUCUCUCUUUCCUUUUCCUUUUAUG